AUGAACAAGAAUGUAGGCACGCUCGGCUUCCUGUGGCGCGCCGUCGCUGGCCAGCCGCUGAUCCACGGCGGCCGUGUGCUUCCGCGCGAAGGGCUGGGGGCAUGGGCACAGGCACAGGCACAGGCACAGGCACAGGCGCAGUCGCCAUGGCGGGGAGGCAUCCAGAAGCGCUCCAUCACCGCGAAUUCGCAUGUCUUGGGGCUGUCGACCACCUCACCGUAUCCCGGACACGCACCCGGUCUGCUGCUGCGAGCAUCGUCACCCCGCACCGGCCGUCUCCAGCAGAGUGUGGCUGGCACCGUCUUCUCGGCAUGGCGCAGAGACGCAUCGUCCAAGGCGGGCCGAGCGCUGGAGAGGAACAGAGGCAGCGACCGCCGCAACAAGAGUUCGGCGACGAAUGGCUCCUCCAAGACCAAACCAGAGCCCACGGGCCAGACACCGCAGUCCUCCAAAACACCGCCGCCCAAGCCCAAGCCCGAAGCAUCAGGUGCGGCAAAGCCCCUCCUCGACCGUCUCCCGCACCACCUACCCCACAUAUACCGCCCCAGCAAGGCUGAACUGCUCGAAGCUGCCUCGGGCUUCUGGUCGCGCAUAAAGAUCCACUUCAAGUGGCUUACCAUCCGAAGCACCCGUCCCUUCAAUGCCGAUGAGAUCUACGCAUUGUUCUCGUGGAUCAUCGCCGCCCACUUCCUCUGGAUCGUGCUGGGCACUACAACCUUCUUCAUGCUGACCAUCUUCUUGAUCAACACCGCCUUCUCACAGGAGACGAUUGCGAAGUGGAUCGGAAACUACUUGACAAAGUCCUCAGGCAUAAAAGUCGUCUUCGAGACCGCUGUAGUGCCCAAGUGGGGAGACGGUGUCAUUUCUUUCCGCAAUGUCUUUGUCUCGCGACGCCCCGGCCAAGGCAAAGGAAAGGUCAGCAAGGGUUCACAGACCGAGAUGGCUGCUGCCGCCGCCGCCAUAACCCACCAGGAAAGCGACACUCCAGACGCUGUCGAAGAGAAAGCGGAACCCGAAGAAGACACCAACUACACACAAUUCGACAUCUCCAUCGAUACCGUCAACGUCACACUGUCGUUCUCAAAAUGGUUCAACGGCAAGGGCCUGUUGAAGGACGUCGAAAUCAAGGGUAUCCGCGGUGUCGUAGAUCGGACGUCAGUGCAGACAAUCGAGGGCGUGGAUCCCAGGUCAUACAAACACGAGCACAACCCGGGCGACUUCGAACUCGAGUCCUUCAAGAUGGAAGAUCUGCUCGUCACUAUCUACCAGCCCAACGGCUUCCGCCCGUUCUCCGUCAGCAUCUUCUCUUGCGACCUCUCUCAGCUGCGGAAGCAAUGGCUGUUCUACGACUUCCUCUCUGCCAACAUGAUGUCCGGAUCCUUCGACAACUCGCUCUUUACCAUACAUCCCAGACAAACACACAACUACACUGGCGCCCAGUUGAGCAGCGGCCGCGACAGCGAAGACGGCAGCUCCUGGAAGAAGCAUAGCCGGAUUCGUAUCGACGGCUUGAACAUCGACCACCUCAACAGGGGCUUUGAAGGCCCCUUCUCGUGGAUCCACGAAGGCAACGUCGACAUUGUGGCAGAUGUCAUGUUCCCCAAUGACGAUGACGAUAGUAUUGCAAAGGUCAUGUCCGACAUGUACGAUCGUGUGGAAGCUACCGUUAUCCAACAGCGCAAGCACCAUUUCUCUGACCACGCGGUACACGGCUUCGAUGAGCAUCCUGAAGACAAGUCGCAUCCCCACGAGGAAACAGAGGAGGACAACCGUUACAUGAUCAUGGACAUGCGUGUCCAUCUCAACGACGUGCGCGCCGCAGUCCCAAUCUUCACCCGGGACAUUUCUUACGUGAACAACGCGCUCGUACGACCUAUUGUGGCAUACAUGAACUCAAGUCGCACCUUCAUCCCAGUGAACUGCAGGGUUGUGAAGAGGGUUAGUGAGUUCGACGGCAGUUGGACCCUCUAUGAUAGCGGGUUAAUGGAGGAGGUGUCAAAGGAGAUGUACGAUGCAUUCGCCCGCGACGUCCUCGAAGAUCGAACCACACGUAAACGACGCAUAAAGAAGGUGGGCAUUUGGACACUGCAGCUCGCAGCUCAAGCCCUCUUUCUUGGUCUCGCCGGCAACAUCGCAUAA